AUGAGGAUCGGGAGGAGGAGAGCAGCCCAACAAGCUAUGCCCCAUCCAGUAGCACAUGACACAUCCCUCUAUAAAGGACACAUCCUCUCAGAGAUGGCAAUGAAGAUCCAGAAAAGUGGAGACGGUCACCUCACAUGGCACAACUGGGAAGAUGAAAAAAAUGCAUUCAAGAAAUCAGAGGAUUAA